CUCUCUCUCUCUCUCUCUCCCCACUCUGCAUCUCUAUAUAUUGGGAAAAUCAAAUUCUAUGCCUGCAUCGAUUAUUCUUGCGAAACUGGCUGAAAGGUGCCAAUGGCAUUUGUAAUUGCUCAGUUCAAGGUGGCCUUCUUCCUCAAGAUCCUCCUCUGUUUGGCCGUUGUCCAAACUUGUAAAGGGUACCAUGACUACCUCAAGUACCCUUUCAUUCGCCCGGCCACCAGCAUGGCCCGCUCCCCAUUGAACCAGACCUACGACUACAUCAUAGUGGGUGGUGGCACCGCCGGUUGUCCGCUAGCAGCGACACUCUCUCGCAACUUCACCGUGCUGCUUCUCGAGAGAGGCGGCUCGCCCUACGGCAACCUGAACGUGUCGCUCAUGCAGAACUUCCACAUUGGGCUGACGGACAUGACACCAGGCGCGGCUGCGGAGAUGUUCAUCUCCACGGACGGCGUGAUCAACUCGCGGGGCCGAGUCCUCGGCGGGGGCAGCUCCAUCAAUGCCGGGUUUUAUACCCGGGCCAGCCCCCGGUUUGUCAGGCAGGCCGGCUGGGACGGUGCCCUUGUGAACGAGUCCUUCCCGUGGAUCGAACGCCGGAUAGUCCACUGGCCUAAGCUCGCGCCAUGGCAGGCUGCUUUCAGGGACGGGCUGCUGGAGGCGGGCGUGUCGCCCUUCAAUGGAUUCACUUACGACCAUAUCUACGGUACCAAGGUUGGAGGAACCCUCUUUGACCGGCGAGGCAUCAGGAGUACCGCGGCCGACCUCCUCCUGUCCGGUGACCAUGAAAAUCUAGACGUCAUAAUUCGAGCCUCGGUCCAGAAGAUCCUUUUCCGACGACCAAAAGGGAAAGGGAAGCCCAGAGCAGUGGGUGUGAUCUUCAGGGACGAGAACAAGAGAGAAUACAAGGCGCAUGCCAAAGGGGAGGUGAUCGUAACCGCUGGGGCGAUCGGCAGCCCGCAGCUGCUCAUGUUGAGCGGCAUAGGGCCACUAAGCGAGCUAAAGAAGUGGAAGAUACCAGUGGUCCUGAGGCAAGAGUUGGUGGGGAAGGGAAUGGCUGACAAUCCUAUGAAUUCCAUAUUCAUACCCACCAAGAAGCCUGUGGAGAUGUCCUUGAUCCAGACUGUGGGCAUAACGAAGAAGGGCUCCUACAUUGAAGCGAGCAGCGGGUUCGGCAGCACUAAUGACAGCAUUCACUGCAAUCAUGGAAUCAUGUCAGCGGAGAUUGGGCAGAUCUCAACCAUUCCACCAAAGCAGAGGACUCUAGAUGCUAUUCAUGAGUACAGGAAGAGGAAAAGAGACAUCCCAGUAGAGACCUUUAUGGGAGGAUUUCUCCUCGCGAAAAUUAUGGGGCCCCUGUCUACAGGGCACCUUAGCUUAAGUGGCAAGGAUGUGGAACAGAUGCCUGAAGUUACCUUCAACUACUUCCAGCAUCCCAGAGAUCUCAGACGCUGUGUCAAUGGUGUCCGUACUAUGGAACAGAUUGUGAGAUCAAAGAGGUUUGCCGAGUUCACGCAGGACAAUGAGUACACGAUGAAGAUGCUCCUCAACAUGAGUGUGAAGGCCAAUAUCAACUUCAUCCCCAAGAACUCGAAUGACACAUCUUCGCUGGAGCAGUUUUGCAGAGAUUCAGUCACCACUAUCUGGCACUAUCAUGGUGGAUGCCAGAUGAACAAAGUGGUGGACAGCCACUACAGAGUGAUGGGAGUGCAUGGGCUUAGAGUUGUCGAUGGCUCUACGUUCCUCUCUUCCCCUGGAACCAAUCCUCAGGCAACAGUCAUGAUGCUAGGAAGGUAUGUUGGUGUAAAGAUGCUGAGAGGAAGGCUUGGAAGACGAGCAGGCGUGUGAGAAAGGUGGCAGAAGUUGCUACCAAAUAGUGUAGGCCGAGUUGUUGACUCCAGGAAAGACGUGGAAGAGAAAAUGAGAAAGAAAUCCCCUGAUUUUUAUGAUGUAUUGUUGAUUGAGUCUGGUUCCGUCCAUCUUGGUUGGUUUAGAGUAACUAGGAGCAAACUUCGGAUGGAAAAUUCUUCCUGUUUUCUCCUUUUUCAUUUUUGGGGUUCCCUUUUCAGUUUGAUUCGAGAGGAACCAAGUUUCAGUGUUUCACCCAUUGGUGAAAGUGUUCGCCCACUGGUGAAAGUGUUCUACUGUUGUAAAGCAAUUGGAAAUGUUGGGUUGGGGACAUGAAAGAGGCCUUAAGAGGCAUGUUGUUUCCCAUCUCCUUAAUCUGUUUGGGCAUUUUCUGCUUCA